AUGUUUGUUCCGGGACCAGUGCGGCGAGGGGGCGACCGCCACUCAGGCGAUAUUGUCAGUUCAAAUAUCCAUGCUCUGCACACGGUAUACCUCGAAGCACGGUAUAUGUACCUCGACGAAAGAACCCGUAUUCCAAAAUGCAUGGCUAGCUCGCCAAUAUCAUGUGUCGUAAAACUAUAUUCGUGCGGUGCACGCCAGUGUUUCAAAAUUCCACACCAAACUACCCUACUCCGUUGGGGAAGAGCAGUCCUCAUUCGUGCGUGGCCGCUAGGACCACUGUCGCCUCUGACCAAAAAUCGUCGCACGAUAAACAACGCAACACACCUGCCCAACUCAAACCAAUUCUCCAUUCCAAAAGUUAAAAUCAAGUUUCAGCUCCUCUCUAUUCCUUUGCAGAUUCCAAUCGGGCUCGCUCCAAUUCCGCAAGCUUCCUCUUGUGUCUUCUCUCCAAGUUCUUCGAAAUCAAUUCAUACGACAAAAACAUGA